AUGGAAACCAUUCUCAUAGCCUAUGAUCCAUGGGAUGUGGUUGAAGCUGGCCUUGCUGAACAACAAACUCCCAGAGAGGAAGUUUCUAAGGAAGAAGGAGAAAGCGAGUCAGAGCACAUUCCAGUUGAAGGACCAGUUGUCUCAAAGGAGAAAAAUAUCAAGAAUGCCAAGGCUCUAAGUCUCAUUCAAGGAGCAAUCACUGAUGAACUUUUUCCUAGAAUUCGGAAUGAGAAGACUGCAAAAGGUGCCUGGGACAUCCUGAGAAGAGAGUUCAGAGGAGAUAAAAAGGUAAGAGCUGUGAAAUUACAAGCCAUUAGAGCUGAUUUUGAAUAUCUAAGGAUGAAUGAUGUUGAAUCUUUGGAUGACUACCUGGCUCGGUUCUUUGAGAUAGUAAACAACUUGAAAUCUCUAGGAGAAGAUGUAACAGAGAAAAGAAUUGUUCAAAAGCUGUUGAUGAGUCUAAGUAGGAGAAAUAAGUCCAUAGUGUCAAUCAUUGAAGAAACCAGAGAUCUAGACACUAUUAGAGUUGAGGAAGUCCUAGCUUCAGUGAAAGUCUAUGAUAAAAGAGAAGAUUUGCAUGAUGAAAGAGAUAAAUACACAAGUACUGAGAGGGCUUUCAACAGUCUUAAAGUUAGAGGAAAUGGAAAUAGCACUGGAAAUUUCAAAGGGUCUCAGUACAAGACAAAUCCAAAAUGGAGUCAAUAUAAGAAGGGAAAAAAUUGGUCUCAAAAUGGAAACUGGAACAAUACCAGUGGUUCAAGCUGGAACAACAACUUUGCGGGAAACUGGAACAAUAAAUCCAAUCCACAGAACAAGCAAGGGAGUAAUAGUCAAAGUGGUGUAAAACCACAGUGCCAAGUCUGUGAGAAAUACCAUUUUGGUGUGUGCAGAUAUAAAGGAAAAGCCAAGUGUGGAAGGUGCAAUCGAUUUGGUCACUUAACUAAGGAUUGUGACAAUGGUAAACAAGUUGCAAACUGUGCAAAGGAAGAAGAUGCAAUCACAGCAACCAUGUUCUAUGCUUGUCAUGCAAGUUCAAUUGCAUCAAGCAGGUCUGUGUGGUUUGUGGAUAGUGCAUGCAGCAACCACAUGACCUCUCAAGAGUCCUUAUUGAUUAACCUUGAUAAGUCAGUGACCUACAAAGUAAAAAUGGGCACUGGAGACCUUGUUCAAGCCACAUGA